UUCUCUCUCUCAGCGUCUUGUAGCGAUGAACAUGCCUCUAAACGCUGAUGGGACGGUGACCUUUAACGCCACGCUCUUCGCUCUGGUUCGCACCGCCCUCAAGAUCAAGACUGAAGGUAACCCUGACCAGGAGAACGAGGAGCUGAGGGUGAUCAUCAAGAAGAUCUGGAAGAGAAUGAAACCGAAGCUGCUGGACGAAGUGAUACCACCACACGAAGAGGAGGAAGUCACCGUCGGGAAGUUUUACGCGACCUUCCUGAUUCAGGAUUACUUCAGGAAGUUCAGGAAGAGGAAAGAGAAAGGAGAUCUGACGGUAGAGGCUGACGCUACCAACCCGUCUGCUGUCCAGCUGUGUAAAGCCGGUCUGAAGACUCUGCAGGAUCUGGGUCCAGAGAUGCGUCUGGCUCUGAAUGAGGAUCUGGAGGACGACGUCAUGAUGGAGGAUGAGGAGCUGGAGGAGGACGCUGCAUAUCAGGGGGAGAACGGCUUCGGACCAGAGAAAGAUCGGCGCUGCUCCAUCCUGACCACGCCCACUGGUCCCGGCGGUGUGGUGGGGGACGGCGGCGGUGUGUCUAACGGAGGUCUGAUCCACCGGGUCGGCUCUCUCACCAAGAUGCCCAACGGCAACGAACACAAGGAACAUCUUCGGCGCGGAGACAACGCAAGGUCAUCGUUCUCUCGUCACAACCACCGCCGGCCGUCGGCGAGGAACGGCCUGCUGGACCCGGGACACAAGAGACCCUCGUACAACCAACAUGCACGGAGGGACUCCAGGGACAGGUACUGGAGGAACGGAGACGUGGAGGCGUACGGAGAGCAGGGCUACUACAGCAGAGAAGAAGACAACGACAGCAUCAGCUCCAGAGACAG